UAUUUUUUCUUUGGUUUUUUUCUUUUUUUGUUUACUUGCUUUGGUGGGUGCGAGAGAAAGAUAGAUAAUUCAAACCUUGUACAUGACAUUCCGCGUAGGCGUCUAGGCAAAGCGCCUCGGCACAUCAACAUCAGCGUUCGAACGAUGGACGUGGACACCACUCCAUUGACCAAGCUUUCGCACAAAUUCAGAUAUAUAGACAAGAUGCUGCUCUUGCUGUGUUCUGUUCUGUUCCUUCUCUUGCAAUCGAUUUCAAUUCAAUUCGUCGCUGUUUUUUGGUGUCCUAAGUCCCGUCGUUCUUGCGUGCACCACCAUCAUCACCAGCCCAAAGACGAUGGUGUGGCCGAUCGCGCGCUGUCCACGGCCGCACCAGCCCAAGUUCUUGGAUUCUUCGAUCUUGAAGCAGGGGUUUCAUGUCCUCUCCGUCACUCUUCUCAGCCUCUUGCUUCCCCUCUCGUUCCUUGUGUUGGCGAGGCUCUCGUGUUUCAACUAUUACUCAUCGAUCCUCGCCGACUCGAUCCGGCGAGUCAUCCCGUUUCCUUUCUCCUUCUUGUUGUAUACUAAUCCGACCCUGCUUCAUGCGGUUGUGGCCAUUUUCACGGUGUGCACCCUCUUGCACGGCCUGACUGGGAGGAUCACCCUGCUGACCGAGCCGCCGCCGCCGCCGCCGCCGGGGGCGGCAUUGCGCAAGGCUCGCCUGCCCAUGGCCUGGGCCGUCCUGUGCGUGCUGCAGGUCUGCUUCGGCCUCGGCCUAGAGGUGAGCAUCGCGGCCGGGGUCGACGGUUCGCCGCUGCGCCUCGGCGGGGCCGAGAGGAGCCUGCUGAGCAAGGCGAUAUUCUUCCUCGGGCUCCACGAGAUGACGGUCUACUGGUCGAGGACGGUGGUGAGGCCGGUGGUGGACGACACGGUGUUUGGCGGCAUGCGGGCGGAGGGGCCGCUCGGGAGGGCGGCGGUGGCGGCCGGGUUCGGCGGGCUGUGGUGGUGGAGGUUGAGGGGGGAGGUGGAGGCUAUGGUGGUGGUGCCGGAGGUCAAGAAGGAGCUGAUGAUGGGCAUCGGGGUGGCCGACUUCGCGGGGUGGUGGCUGUAUUACCUGACCGUGACGAUUGGGAUGGUCAGGAUCGUGAAGGGCCUCAUGUGGGUUGGGAUUGUUCUGUUCUGUAGAAAAUUAGAAGAUGACUUGGGCGAGCCCUGUUUGGAUGAGGAAAUAGUCUAAAAAAAAGAUGGGACCAAGAAGCUUUUUCCAUCGCGAUGGCCUUGUAAUUCGCAUUCUUUUUCCACAGAGAUAAUUGAAUUCUUUCUUUGUCCACUUCUUGGUCAAUGCCCAACGUUUUCAUUGGACCACCUGCAUUGAUUGACAGAUUCUUCUGCAUCGACUCUCCCUUUGGAGAACCAUGAUAAGAGGAACCUGUCCAGGAUUUGGUUUUGGCA